CCAUUAGCCCGCUCAUCCAGCUCUCAGCCCCACCCCCUUCACUCCCGACGUCACCGCAUCAAAUACGGACGGUUCCGGCUGUAAAUCCUCCACUUGCGCUCCGAGAGGCUGGCUGAGCGCAUCCUGUGCCACAUGAAGCGCUUCCCAGCGACGCACAUGAAACCGGACUGAUACUGAACGCUGCAGGGGGGGGGACGGAGUUUGAAUCUAUUUUUAUUCCACGGUGGUCUGCCAAUUGUUUUUCUCUCUGAUGUACGUAGGUCUAGUCAGAGGAAAGUGGACAUUUUUUACUUUUUUUCCCCCUCAAAGCACACAGCCCAUCGCCAGCUUGAUUUGAAAUAAAACAAGGUUUAAAAUGAACGAAGGACUUGAAAACAACUUGACUCAACUGUAUGACAACUGGACAUUUUACAACUCCUCCGUGGAGUCCAUCCCACCCAGGAACAACAUCACCUAUGUUGGAUUUUACCUGCAUCAGCCGUCCACAGCAGCCAUCUUCAUCGUGUCCUAUCUGCUGAUCUUCCUCGUGUGCAUGGUGGGAAACGGAGUGGUGUGUUUCAUUGUGCUGAGGAGCAAAAACAUGCGGACUGUCACCAAUUUGUUCAUCCUAAACCUUGCUGUGAGUGACCUCCUGGUUGGGAUUUUCUGCAUGCCCACAACUCUUCUUGACAACAUAAUUACAGGAUGGCCUUUUGGAAGCCUGGUCUGCAAAAUGAGCGGCAUGGUCCAAGGGAUCUCUGUGUCAGCAUCCGUCUUUACUCUGGUCGCGAUUGCUGUUGACAGAUUCAGAUGCAUUGUCUACCCAUUCAAGCAAAAGCUGACCAUAUCCACAGCCACCUUGAUAAUAGUCAUUAUCUGGGUUCUGGCCAUAUCCAUCAUGUGUCCCUCUGGAGUGAUGCUACAAGUGACCAAGGAGCAAACCAUUCGGGUAUUACUGGGCUAUGACAACAAAACAAGCCCAUUUUAUUGGUGCAGAGAGAACUGGCCAAACCAGGAGAUGAGAAAGAUUUACACCACUGUCCUGUUUGCAAAUAUCUACCUUGCUCCUCUUUCCCUCAUUGUGAUCAUGUACGCCCGGAUUGGCAUCACACUUUUCAAAACAGCUGUCCCAACGGGAGGAAAGCCGGGCCAUGACAACCGCCACACUGUGUCAAAGAAAAAGCAAAGGGUGAUUAAAAUGCUUCUAAUAGUUGCUUUGCUUUUCAUUCUUUCCUGGCUGCCUCUGUGGACCCUCAUGAUGUUGAGCGAUUAUGCCAGCCUGACUGAGCAGCAGUACAGAAUCAUCAACAUUUACAUUUACCCCUUUGCCCACUGGCUAGCCUUCUUCAAUAGCAGUGUCAACCCCAUCAUCUACGGUUUCUUCAAUGAGAAUUUCCGCAGAGGAUUUCAAGCUGUGUUCAAGUUCAGCCUGUGCACCGCGGACGGACAGCGGAGGAAAACCUACUCACACAGGCUGCAGGGAAACUCUGUGCUCCCAGCAAAUAAUGCACAAACCUCCCUGGAGCCUAUUUCUCUCAACAGCCUAGAUAAGAACACUUCCAGGCGACUCAACCAUGUCACUGAACAGGACUUGGUCAUGGAGGACCUGGAGAAGGCAUCUUGCAGCAGUGGGGGUGUGACAGCAGUGUCUAUUUGAAAAAGACACAGAGACAGACAAAUUCUUCUAGGUGAUAAGCCAAGGUGUUUACAUUUCAAGAAAAUUGCCUGCUUCAUUCAAACUCAAGUCCUUCACUGAGUGUAAGUAAACCGCAAGGGUCACCUGAGCAGGUUUUCGAAGCUGACAUUUAUGUAUAAGUUGUCUGAGGCAAUUUCAAGCCUGUAAAAAAAAACAACAACAAAAAUGGCAAAGAAAACAAAGGACAAAACUGAAAAAAAAAUAGAUGUAGAGCAGGGAUUUGUCCUUUUAACUGUCCUGCACCACUUAAAGACAAUUAGUGCAGCAAGCUACCUCGCAGUGUUUGCUCCUGAAACAAAUAUGAAAAUGGACAAUUAAAUGACCAAUGUGAAAAUAGAAUACUUAUUUUGGUUGCUAAUCUUUACUUAUCACCUUCAAGGCACACAAUGUAUGUUGCACAUAUUGUGCCAUGUUAACAGAAGCAGGUUGUGCUUUUGGAACUGUAAUUACGAAUAGAAGGAAAACAAAUCUUGUUGGCUAGUGCAUAAUAAAUCAGUUAGGAUAGGUUAAUAUUGCAUUGAUAACAGGCUACUGUCCUGCUCCAUGACAUACCUUAUAAAACCUGUAUGUACAUAUAUAUAAAGAUGCAUCAAACAUGUAUGUACUGUAAUGUUUGCAGAGCACAUUUCAAAAGUAGUAACUUACUGUCCUUGUAGUCCACAUUAGAUGGAGCAAACUUUUAUUCUUCAGUAUUAUUCACUAUUGAGAAUCAAAAAUUACUGUUUUUAAAGUACUCUCAAACCUUGACUAGGUUGUAAACUAAUUUAGGUGGGCAGAUUUUUAAAAGAAAAAACAAAGUGCUGUAUACAUUUUUAAACAGACCAUAAAGGUCAAAGAGCUCAAACAUCAAAUCAAAGACUCCAGCAAUGAAACUCAUUAUUUAGUGGGUCUUGCAAAGUAAAUUAUUUUACGGCAUUUCAGGCUACUUCAAGGCUCAACAUUAAGGCUUGUCCAACAAGUUGACUUGUUGUAGGGUAAGUGGAAGAGAAAUUUACUUACCCCACUGGGGUAAGUAAAUUUCACAAAGUAAAAAGAAAACAAAGUAAAAAGUUAAAAGUCACAAAGUAAAAAGAAAACAAAUAAAACACGUCUUCACAAUAUGUGCCACUCAUUGCUCAGUGCCACGCUGUUAUUUCGGUAAUCAUUUUAGAGUAGCAACUGAACUAAUGCAUUUUUUCCCCCACAAUACGUCCAAGUCAGAUUGUACAAACAGGAGUCUAUCCAAGUUUUUUCACAAAGUAGGAACCACUCGCAGUUCGAACAUUUUACCUCAGACAAACAGUGGUAGCGAUCCUUCAGUUCCUUCAGGCUGUACAGCUAGGCCAAGUGCCAGGGAAAACACCCAGAAGAAUUAAUGUAACAAGCUGGAGAAAUGAAUUUUACAUUACAACGAAAAAAAGGAGUAAUGUUCUGCAGCAUCUGAUACGUUAUCUUACUAGUGUUAGCAGUGUGUUAUUCACAACUUAGCUAAAAUAAAAACUACAAUAGCCAUAUUGCAUUUCGAAUACUGGGCCAUUAAGAAUAUUCAUUGGUAUCACUCUGCAUUGCCUGUUGAUGUACAAUCUAAAUGAACAUGAAAAUGAAAAUUAACAUGAACAUGAUUUUGUUUUAGAUAAAACGUUUCAAAUAGCUACUUUAAUGGCGACGUGUCCAUCGCAUAAGUUGUGCAGAAGAGAAAAGAAAGAGCAGUGAUUAUAUUGUGGCUUCUACUUACAAAUUCACUUUUUAUCCAGGCUUUUCUUCUGAAAUCUGCUCUUUAAACAUGUACAUAAAAAGGUGUAAUGAUGCUGAAUUUAUUAUUCAUGAAUAUCUCAUGAGCCUGUUAUGAAUGUGCCAUGUAAAUCUCAGAUAACAGUGUUUUGCUGUUUUUUUAUAUUGGUAUCUCUCUAUGAACAGUCUUGUGUAGUUAAAGUGUACAGUAAAUGGGAAAAACAGAGGGCCUGCAUUGGUCCCAAAACAUGUAUUGUCUGCUGUAAGUAUAUGUUACUGAGUCUAAAGGUUAGAUUACAAGUGAUAAUGUGAAUCUGUCUUUGUGAACCAACUAUUAGGACAAUUAUUGCAGGGUAUUGUACUAAAAAAACCUUUGGUUGGUAUUCUACACUUAACAUAUUUACUGUUGGUGGUGUCUUACAAUUUGAAAAUUGGCCUACUUUGAAAAUCUGUAAAGCAAAGAUCCCCCCCCCCAUUCAUGAAAUAAAGAGUGAAGGUUACGUGAAACUAACUACAUAUACACUACAUGGCAGCCAUAUUGGAGGUCCUUAUUUCUUCUAUCUGUGUAUUACAAUGGCAGUGUAUUACUGAUCCUAUCAUGUUCAUAAGAACUUUGACAGCCAGGGUCUUAUAAAUCUUUUUUGAGAGAAAAUGUCUUGCACUGGAAGGUAUACACAUCCACUUGUGUUAGAACUAUUUUUAAAACGAUAUAUUUAUAGGGAUUGUUCUUGGUGUGGACAGAACCUAAGGCUGUGUUUAGAGAUGCACCUACGAAGAAACAAAAAGCAACAGGAUGUUGUUUUUAGUUGAAACCUGCCACAGUCAAUAAGAAACAAAUGGCCUCAAGGGUGCAAAGAUUCAAGGUGGCAACAAGUGGUGGAAGUUAAGUUAGUUGAAACUUAUCAGGAGAGUUAAAACUUAAAGAUAAACCAACUGUGGUGGAGACUCGCAACUUUGAAUAACAUCUGUUUGCUAGGAUCGUGUACAAUUUAAUCCUGAAGUUGUAAUGAGGAGUGGGAAGUGCUUCAAAUCAAUUUUCUGUAUCUCAUGUUGUACACAAAAUGCACACAAAUGUGUCUGGCUACACAACGUUCCAGCUGCGCUCCAGCUCCAUUGCGGUUUUCCAAUGUCAACUGGAAGCGUUUCUGAAGUAGAACAUUUGUCCUUCAUCUGCCACACUAUCACAUUUUUUGUGUUACAAACUUAAAUACAGUGGCUCAUUUACAUGUGAUAACGGAUCCUUUUUGGCUGUAUUUGAUUGUGCUUCUAAAUUUCUCUGAGGUCACUCAUUUUAAAUGUGAAUAAAGCUAAUCUCAUGGCACAGCUGCUGUCAACCUGUAAUACUGCUUAUUUUUCGUGAGAACGAAAUGAUUUUAUCUGCAGCUCAGCAGCAUGUUGAUGACUGCUGAUGAACAAAGUAUUUAUGAGCCACAAUAACAUUUCAUACUAGGGAUUUCCCGAUUAGGGCUGUUCCUGACUAAAGAUUUUGUAUAUCUUCACCCCGGCAAUUGUCCUAGUCAGAGCCACUGUAAAUCAGCUGGCCUUCAGUAAGGCUGUGAGCAACUGGGUGAAGACAAAUGAAACGUACCAUUAAAAAUUUAUUUUAAGUAAACUGCCAUAAAAUACAAGAAUAUAUAUACACCGAUCAGCCAUAACAUUGGGGGCACUGAUAGGUGAAGUGAAUUACACUGAUUAUUUCAUUAUCAUGGCAGCUGUCAGUGGGGGGGAUAUAUCAGGCAGCAAGUGAACAUUUUGUCCUCAAAAAAUGGGAAAGCAUAAGGGGCCGGGUCAGAGCAUCUCCUUCAGCUCUUGUGGGGUGUUCCCGGUCUGCCUAUCAAAAGUGCUCCAAGGAAGGAAAAGCGGUGAACCGUGACAGGGUCAUGGGUGGCCAAGGCUCAUUGAUGCACAUGGGAAGCAAAGGCUGGUCCGUGUGGUCCGAUCCAACUGACGAGCUACUGUAGCGCAUUGCGCUACAUAGCGUUCAUCUGCUUGUGUGGAACAAUAUUGAACAUAAGAUUUUAGUUGUUGAGUGGCUGAGUUCAUUGCUACUGCUACAGUCAUAGGGAAGGGGGAAUAGUUAUAGGGAAAAAUAUGGCUCAGCCAGGACUAAAAGAUUUUGGCACUUGUUAUAAGGUGCACCUUCAAUCUUGAAAGGUUGUCGAAUAACAUUCUCCAGGUCAUUGGAUAUCUACGAAGACCUUUUGUCACUUAUCCAAAUGGCUACAACCCUUCUAUUGACUAAUGGGGCUCGAGCAUUUUAACCCUUGUGUGACAAUUCUCAUGUGACUGGUGUUUCAUGAGAAUUGCUGAGGUCUAAUACUGUCAUACAAGAAUCAUCAGAAUCACACAAAUUAGGUUAUGAGUAGUUAGACCACAACUAGGUCAAUGCUUAUAAAUAUUUGUGAAUUUAAAAAUACCACAGGAAUCACAAAAAAAACUGUCAUUUCUACUGUAAAGGGGACCUCCAAGAUGGCACCAGACAUGGUUGAUAAGAGUUGACACCCGUUAGUCUGCACUGUACUCACACCCUUGUUUUUUAUGCUCUAACUCAUUCAGCUGUGUUAAUGCAUCCAGCAGUGACACCUUGACCUCUCAGAUAAAAAGGUUUCAUUUCUCC